CUCUCUUCAUCUCCGUUUUUUUUUCCCAAUACAUAUCCAUUGAAUUUGUCAUUAUCUUUCCAUUUAAUUACAUUAUUUCCAUUUCUUCUAUAUACACGUCAGCCAAAGCAUUUUGACAAGGAGUUCAAUGCAUUCGUGUUAGUAAGUGAUCAGAGAGAAACUAAUCAUCUAUCUGAUUCUUAUGGGUCUGCUUGAUUCAUUGCUGGGCAACAAUGCGAGGAAGUUCAUCAAGAGGAAAGACAGUGAUGCAGGAGAAGCAGGUCAAGCAUUGGAAGAACUUAGAGGUUCUCUUUACAAUGAUAUUCGGACUUCAGAAGGAGCUAAGCGCCAGCAACAACGGUUUUGUGGACCAGCUGUGGCAAUGACCUUCAAUUUCAUAGCCGCUGUGGGGGUUAUCAUGGCAAACAAAUUAGUGAUGAAGAAAGUUGGGUUUAAUUUUCCAAUCUUCCUCACAUUAAUCCACUAUUCCACUUCAUGGAUUCUACUUGGCAUUCUUAGAGCAUUGUCAUUGCUUCCAGUUUCCCCUCCCUCUAAAGCUACUCCUUUCGCUCCUCUCUUCUCAUUGGGCGUUGUCAUGUCCUUUGCAUCCGGUCUUGCCAAUGCCAGUCUAAACCAUAACAGUGUUGGUUUCUAUCAGAUGGCUAAAAUUGCAGUCACUCCUUCCAUUGUUCUUGCAGAGUUCAUUCUCUUUAGGAAAACAAUUUCCUACAAGAAGGUUUUGGCUUUGGUUGUCGUCUCAGGAGGUGUGGCAGUUGCAACAGUGAAAGAUUUGGAGUUCAACUUCUUUGGUGCUUGCAUUGCAAUUGCAUGGAUAAUUCCAAGCUCAAUAAAUAAGAUUUUGUGGUCUAAUCUACAACAACAUGCGAACUGGACUGCUCUUGCGUUGAUGUGGAAGACAACGCCUGUAACGAUUUUUUUCCUAGUAGCCUUGAUGCCAUGCUUGGAUCCACCAGGACUGUUAUCAUUCAAGUGGGAUCUGUACAGCUCAUCUGCUAUUUUUCUGACAGCUCUCCUUGGUUUUCUCCUACAAUGGUCUGGGGCUUUGGCACUUGGGGCAACUUCUGCAACAUCUCAUGUUGUUCUCGGACAGUUCAAGUCUUGUGUGAUCCUCCUAGGAGGUUUUCUAAUUUUUGGUUCAGAUCCUGGGUUUGUGAGCAUCUGCGGAGCCCUCACAGCUCUCGCCGGAAUGUCUGUUUACACAUCACUAAACUUGCAGGAGUCACGUGAAAAUUUGAUUUUCCAGCUUCAGACACAAACGCUGCCUUUAUCAAAACCCAAGACAAAACCUGAAACUACCACCGCAGAUGACCAAACUUAGAUGGAGCUGGCACGGCAAAUGCUGCUUGAUUCGUUUUGUUGGUACGAAAUCUUUAACAAUGUCUUGAUGCCAUCAUUCUACCUCAGGAAUUUUGAUUCCGGCUCUUAGUAUACUUGUACAGAAAAUACUACUUUGUAUGCCGCCCAGUCCUGCUGCGAGAGGUUUUUUUUUUUAUUGCUUUUAGAGAAUUAUUUGGUAUUGAUUCUGAAAAUACAAUUGUUUUGAUUUGAUUUGAUUUUAUUUAAUUAAAUUUUUUAUUAGCAUA